AUGCCGUACAAUCGUGAGAUUAUUGCUUCCAUAUCUUUCGAACCAGAGUCUGUUUCCACGAAAGGCACUCGUAGGCGGCAUGCACGAGAUGAGAGCGGGAAUGGAGGAGAGGUUAACGAUAUCACCGAGGGCUCUGGCCCACAGCAAAAUGAGGCAACACGCAAUAUUAUUCGCUGCAUGAAGUGGGCUUUGGCUCAAAGCAUAACCAGCAUCUCCCAUCCUGCUAAGCAACGGCCGCUGAACCCAAAGAAGGAUUUCGCCAUAGAAACAAAAAUUGAGGUGGAGGUCACAAAUGGAAAGGGAUUAGGACUUGACUGUUGCAAGGGUGCAGCCGCUGUGAGGGGGCAUCCCACUACAAUGCUUGCUGUUCGCGGAGAAGGGGAGGAUAUGAUGGACAUUAAUGACAGUGACACCGCGGCCAACAACGAAGCAGAAGACCCGCCUGUCUCCUUCAGAUUCAUCGACUACUCCCCAAUGUGUUACCGCCACAUACGCGAGUCCUUUAAUAUAGAUCCAAGUGCGUAUUGUAACGUGCUUAUGCGGAGCAGAUGGCACAGUACGCCUACACCUGGAAAGUCAGCAGCAAAGCUCUUCUUCUGUGGUAAGGAUUGGGUCAUAAAAACGAUGACAAACGAGGAAAGUGAGUUUCUGCGGAGCAUCUUACACCGGUACUAUUUCUUCGUAUUGGAGAAUCCGUUUACUCUACUACCUCAUUUCGUUGGGCAUCAUCGGCUUGAAAUUGGUGGUGAAAAGAUGAAUAUAAUAAUCAUGCAAAAUGUUUUUGCAACAGGGAACACCAUACAUGAGAAGUACGAUCUGAAAGGAAGUACGGUGGGUCGUUUCGCCACGGAUGCAGAAAAGAUGAAACAUACUUGCACGCAGAAAGACUUGGAUUUAAAUCGGCCAAUACACGUAGGGGCUGUGCGACGCGCACUGCUUAUUGACCAAAUCAAAAAGGACUGUGAUUUCUUGAAGCGGUCAAAUAUCAUGGACUAUUCAUUUCUUGUCGGUAUUCACGUACUCCCGGCAUUCUGCUCGCGCAGGUUAGGAAACAGUCCCGCCGGUGCAAAGGAUCUUCUUUCAGGCACAAUACCACCUCAAUCAUUCAUACUAGACGCUACAUUGGCUAGUGCCGCGGUAGAUGCGCUGCAGAAUCCAAAUCCGAGCUUCUUUGGUUGGACGGCAUCUGAUAUUGCAAUUGAUGGGCGCUGCUUCACAUCAGAUCAAGGUGGUAUGGCAAGUACAGACCAGCCUGGUACUCGUAGAGAAAUCUAUUACAUUGGGAUCAUUGACAUUCUGCAAGAGUACAAUCUGAGGAAAAAAAUGGAAACAUUCUUCGUUGGCUCAGUGAAGGAUCGAAAGAAGAUAUCAUCUGUAACACCACGGGAUUACGCCACGAGGUUUGUGUCUUUCAUGUCGUCUAUUAUCGUAUGA